UGAUUAUGAUGCUAAUGAUUUGCAAUGCAAAGAUAAUAGUAAUUCACAAUAUAAAGUUUGUAAUGGAUUUUUUUCUUAUAAUUAUGCUGUAUUAGCCAAGUAUGGAACCAAAGGCAAAAAUCAUCAAAUUUUACAAAAUGAUGCUCUUUUUGAUGGUAAUGAAAAGGCUGAGGGAUACUUUAAACAUGAUAAUUGCAUGGAAAAAACUUGUUCUCAAUUUUGUUCACAAUGUGCAUCUUUGGCUUCUAAUGAAGCUUUCAACAAACGUAAUCGUCCUAUUUUACCAGGUAUUCCACCAUUAGUCUUAGCUAUUAUACCAUUAAAUCAAAAAGAAACUAAAAGUGAUGUAUUUUUUGAAAAUAAUACUAUUUUGAAAGAAUUAAUAAAAUUAAAUGCUAAACCUAUUGGUCUUUACUUUGAUGACAAUAGUUACGAUGACAAUAUUAAUGAUAAUAUUAAUGAUAAUUCAUAUGAUCAAAUUAAUCAAAUGUUAUUGCAACAUCAACAUCAUAUCACGGUAAGAAAUAAUUUACCAAAUUAUCUUGAUCAACUAAUAUUUGAAAAUGAUAAUAAAUUAGAACAAAGUAUUGCAGAUAAUUCAUUUUUUGAUAUUAUUAAUCGUAAAGUACAACAAAAUAAUGAAAUAGAUUGUCUUUUUAUUAUGCAACAAAUGGAAAUAACUCAUG